AUGUUGACGUUCUUCCUUUUCCUCUUGAAAAAUUGUUUCGAUUUUCUUUCUCGCUAUCUUUCUUUUGUACUUAUCUUUUUCGGCUUCUUAUUUAUCGCGUUCAUCUGCUUUUCUUUCUUUUUUUCCUCAUUUUUAUUCUUUGUCCUAUUUUUUCUCCUCUUUUUUUCUCUUAUGUCUUUCCCCUUUACUUUUCUCUUUUUUUUUGCCUUCUCUCCCCUGCCAUUUUUAUUCUCUUCCUUCUUUUUUUUCCGUGAUGCUUUUUUACUCUCCCAUCAUCUUUCAUUUUCUUCUUCUAGCUUUCUCAUACUUCUCAUACUUUUCGCUCGUCUUUUCUUACUCUCUUCCUUUUUCCAUGCCUCUUCCCUUCCUUUUUCCCUGUGUCAUAUCAAUCUGCCCGGCCAUUGUGUCAAAUAUUACCGUUUCCCUCGACUCCUUUUUUACUUUUCACACGUAUCAUUUACCCUUAUUUCUGUUCUUUUUCAUUCAUUCUUUUUUCUCUCAAUCGAUACUUUUAUUCAUUUACUUACGUGCCUGUUAGAUUGUUCCUUUCGAUUAGCCCUGGAAACGCUGCCAUUCUGCACACACCCUACGGGAGAGCACGUCAUACAUAAAAUAGGGAGUUACUUUUCAAUCACCAUCUAUCUAUCUAUCUAUCUAUCUAUCUAUCUAUCUAUCUAUCUAUCUAUCAAAGCCGUCCUGAAAAUUUUUACAUUUGGCUAUCCUUGGUUUGUUAUUUUAUGCACUCCAACUCCGUGA